AAUACAUGAAAUGCGGAAGAAAGUGAAAAUUGAAAGAGCCGAAAAAAUGGAAUAUAUCGGAGAUGUCGGAUGUUUCCGGUGACGGAGAUGUAUCGGCGACGGUUACUGAACAUGAAGUAACUCCACAACCGCCGGUUUCUUCGGCGACGUAUCCGUCACUGACGGUGUCGGCGUCUUAUAAAGAGAGCGGUGGAGGUAAAAGCUCGUCGAAGCGGAGACCAAUUAGGCCGAGUUUUGACGCUGCGGCUGAUAAUGAGUUUAUUACUUUGCUUCAUGGUUCGGAUCCAGUGAAAGUGGAGCUUAAUCGACUAGAGAAUGAAGUUAGAGAUAAGGAUCGGGAGUUGGGAGAAGCACACGCUGAGAUCAAAGCGCUUAGGUUGUCUGAGAGACAAAGAGAGAAAGCUGUUGAAGAGCUUACUGAGGAGCUUGCUAAGUUGGAUGAGAAGCUCAAGUUGACCGAAUCCAUUCUCGAAAGCAAAAAUCUAGAAAUCAAGAAAAUCAAUGAGGAAAAGAAGGCAUCAAUGGCUGCUCAGUUUGCUGCUGAAGCCACCUUAAGAAGGGUUCAUGCUGCUCAAAAGGAUGAUGACAUGCCUCCAAUCGAAGCCAUCCUUGCUCCAUUAGAAGCUGAACUUAAGCUUGCACGAUCAGAGAUUGGAAAGCUUCAAGAAGAUAACAGGGCUUUGGACCGUCUGACUAAAUCAAAGGAAGCUGCCUUACUUGAAGCUGAGAGGACCGUUGAAGCUGCCAUGGCAAAAGCCGCCAUGGUUGAUGAUCUUCAGAAUAAGAACCAGGAGCUUAUGAAACAAAUAGAGAUCUGUCAGGAAGAAAACAAAAUUCUAGACAGAAUGCACAGGCAGAAGGUUGCUGAAGUGGAAAAGCUUACUCAGACUGUACGAGAGCUGGAAGAGGCUGUUCUUGCAGGUGGUGCUGCUGCAAAUGCCGUGAGGGAUUACCAGCGGAAAUUUCAAGAGAUGAAUGAAGAACGGAAAACUCUUGAUCGGGAGCUUGCACGUGCAAAGGUUACAGCAAACAGAGUGGCCACUGUGGUAGCAAAUGAGUGGAAAGAUGGUAAUGAUAAAGUGAUGCCUGUGAAGCAAUGGCUCGAAGAACGAAGGUUUCUACAGGGAGAAAUGCAGCAACUACGUGAUAAACUCGCCAUAACAGACCGGGCUGGUAAAUCAGAAGCACAGUUGAAAGAAAAGUUUCAACUGCGGCUUAAAGUGCUUGAGGAGACACUUCGAGGAACUUCAAGCAGCAGCACCAGGAACACACCCGAGGCAAGAAGCAUGAGUAAUGGACCUUCUCGCAGGCAGUCACUUGGUGGAGCUGAAAACUUACAAAAAUUUCCAUCAAACGGUGCUUUAUCAAAGAAAGCUCCAGCUUCUCAGAUGAGACAUUCCUUGUCUAUUAAUUCAACUUCUGUGUUGAAGAAUGCUAAAGGAACAUCUAAGUCAUUUGAUGGAGGCACAAGAUCCUUGGAUAGAGGCAAAGCACUUUUAAACGGACCUGGUAAUUAUUCCUUCAACAAGGCUACUGAUGACUCUAAGGAAGCAGAGUCAGGAAAUGGGUGGAAAGAAAAUGCAGAGGAAAAGCCACAAAGUGAAGACCCUGAAGCAGCAACUGAGGACAGUGUCCCAGGUGUCUUGUAUGAUUUACUACAGAAAGAAGUAGUUUCUUUGAGGAAAGCCUCUAAUGAAAAGGAUCAAAGCCUCAAAGACAAAGAUGAUGCCAUCGAGAUGCUAGCGAAGAAGGUGGAAACAUUAACAAAGGCAAUGGAGGUUGAAGCAAAGAAGAUGAGACGGGAAGUAGCUGCGAUGGAAAAAGAAGUUGCUGCAAUGCGUGUUGAGAAAGAUCAGGACGCCAGAGCCAAAAGGUUUUCAAAUAGCAAGAGCCCUUCCAACACCGCCCAGAUUCUUGCGGGAAGAGCUGCUGGACGAAGUGGUGGGUUAACGAAGAGUACCCAGUGAGUGGAGAUUCCAGAAAAUAACAAGUAAAUGAAUGUCCUAGGCUCUU